GAGCGGGGCGAAGAGAGAAAGGAAAUACUCUCAAUAAAACACCGAUUACAAAAGGAAAGGUUUGUUUAGAGUAGGAAAGAUCGAUAAUAAAGUCUCCACGAAGCUGGAUACUGUGGUGUUGUGUUGCCAAACAAAUAGUCAGGGCGGGGGGCGGAGACGUGCAAGGUGUGUUCAAAAAACUCUGGAAAAAUUUACAACUCAGUAAUAACAAUCCACAAAUUUGUAAUUACUGCAAAAUGUCAUAUUUUUGUGAACUUAUCGAAAGAGCUACUAAAAAUGUUUGAGGUAUAUUUCUGUGUGUUGUGAUUCAAGCUGAAAAGCGAGGUCCGUAUUUUUUAUCUACUAAUUUAACGGAAAACUCAUUAAAAGUCCCUAUAUGUUUUGUUUUUACCACAAGAGGGCGACACACUAUAAACUAUAGUAACUCCUUGAACACGUUUUCAAAGUAAGGAGCAUGUAUAAUUGUUUUUUUUUUCUGUUUAGACGGGUGAUAAAUAUUACUGUAUCUAUAAGUAUGAUUUAAUAAGAGCAAUGUCUAACUUAGUUUGAUUUAUAUCACUAACGGUAGAAGUUUUAUUUUGAAACCACAAUCACACCGGAAGUGUUUGUCCUCUCCUGCGGACCUUACCUGAGCUGACACAUCUGUGAACAACUAACAUCAAAGUUACGGCUCAGACUCCUCCAAACUGUAUUUGUCACUCUCUGGGGCCUGAUUCAACCUGUCCGGGCUUUUAUUUGGACACAGCGGCGGACGGGGACGUUAUUAUGACUAAUUUUAUUUUUAGUCUGUGGACGCUCUCUUAGCAUUAGCAUUAGUUAGCUUUGAGCUAAAGUCUGGAGAAAUGGAGACGCUUGGGGUUGAAGAUCUGUUUGACUUUCGUCGAUUUCCCAAAGACCCACUCGUUCUGCUGCUGCUGCUCCUUUAUUCACCCGUUGGCAUUUGCUUAUUGCUAAUUCGGAUUUUUAUUGGAGUCCAUGUGUUUUUGGUGAGCUGUGCACUUCCAGAAUGUUUUCUAAGAAGGUUCAUUGUACGAACAAUGUGCUCAGUGCUGGGGAUGCACGUACGGCAGAAGAACCCUCGCUCCAGAGACAAAAACACAAAACUGUUGGUCUGUAAUCACGUCACAGAGUUUGAUCAUAACAUCCUCAACCUCCUAACGCCUUGUAACACGCCUCACCUGGAGGGUUCCACAGGCUUUGUGUGCUGGGCACGAGGCUUCAUGGAGAUCCAGGAGGUGUCUGAGGCUUCAAUGGGAGACACUCUGAGGAGGUACUGCUGCACUGACGGCACCACCCCUCUGCUUCUGUUCCCAGAGGAGACCACCAGCAACGGGCGCAAAGGCCUGCUCAAGUUCAGCUCUUGGCCAUUUUCUCUCACUGAGCCUGUUCAGCCUGUGGCCUUACACGUGUCCAGACCUUUCAUUGCUUUGAACAUCCCUGAGUGCAGCUGGCUGGUGGAGCUCAUGUGGACAUUUUUUGUUCCAGUUACAGUGUAUUACGUGAGCUGGCUCCCUCCAGUGUCCAGACAAGAUGGAGAAUCCACACAGGACUUUGCAGAUAAAGUUCAGGAGCUGUUGGCCACUGAACUUGGAAUCAUCACGACUAAAAUCACCAAAGCCGACAAAGUAGAGCACAUGAAGAGGAAGCGACACAUGGCUCCACAGGCUCAGACAAGUGUCAGAUCCGGCUCCAUUGGGCUUGGUUUUAUCCAGAGCCUGAGCACAGACGAGCGCAGACUGGCCAAAAUGGCGCAGCAGGUGAAAGAUGUACUUCCUCAUGUCCCUCUCAACGUCAUUACUAAAGACCUAGCAAAAACCAACUGUGUAGAUACCACCAUCACAAAUUUACUGGAAAACAAAGAGGAACCCCUGGAGGCUUCUGGGACGUCAGCGUUCAGUUCAUCUCUCAGCUCCUUCUCAAUCUCUACCCCUACCAUCAAGCCCGCUGCCAAAACAUUUGGGAAAUCACCAGCCGACAGACACCUGUCUCUGCAGGAGAGGAAAGAGGCUCUGUACAACUUUGCCAGAAGACGUUACAUUGAAAAACAUGGACUGCCCCAAGAAGACGGUCCCUAAACUCUGAGUCAAGCCUUUGUUCAGAAACGUGCCGCUGUCUUCUCAAAUCUCAAAUGAUUUUAUAGUCAGUCUGGUUCUUCUCAACAUGUUCACUUUGGUGUUCAAUCCCUUAUUUUGGCUGGUUCAUCAUUUUGAUAACAAUUUGUAUUACAAUCCACUGACUGUGAAUCAUGUAUUUAUUUUUAUAAUGUCCAGAGUCAUUGAUGAGAAUAAAGUUCUGCUUGACCUCA